CUAUAUAUGUCUAUGGGAGAAUGUGGUGUAAACUGUAAAAUCCUUUCUGCUGUUUGUUUGUUUUGUGAAAUUAUUACAUUUUCUUAAUCGUAAUGAAUAAGUUUUUCUGUCAGUUGUACAGAAAUUAUUCUUCUGAAUCUGGUGGCAUUAAAUAUUUAGGAUUUUCGUACUAUCCAAGGUUCCCCGAUCGACCAGACCCUCCGUACAGAGCGGAGAAGCUGUUGAUGGUCGAACGGAUCCGCCCUGUGAAGGGCAACCCGUACUGGGACAAGGACCUGUUGAAGAAGCUGAAGCUGGACGGCAAGGGCAAGGCAGUGACGAUCUUGAAGAACAUACCCGAGAGCAAUGCCCGUCUGUGGAAGAUCAAGCACCUGGUGAGGAUCACCCCGAUCACGUGCCCGCACGGCUUGCCCGAAGAAGGCGACUACAGCGGGACCUACCUCAAAGAAGACGGGCAGUUCGUGGUGAGCCGUCGCCUGAAAGUCGACCCCGCGAGAGUCGAAGCGACGGACAAGUUCCUCAGUGACGGCAAUAAAAUGGACGGUGCCACUCUGAAAAAGCAGUUGCGCCUCAAAUGGCUCAAUCCAUUCAAUUGAAUUUAAUAUUUCAAAUAAAAUUUUAUUUAUAUCUUACUAAUAAGAAACCUUAAAUAUUAGUGAGUUUCAGUGCAGGUCAGAAUGUACAGUUUAGAAAAUAUCUUAAAAUUUAACUUGCAUAUGUGUUUCUGUAAAUUUAUUUAUUGACUUUGAGAAUAAAAAAAUGUGAAUGAUAAAGAGUUGAUGCAGGCCAGCAAGAACUUUCAGAAAAAUAUAAGUUAAUGUUGUAAGUUGUGGAAAGGAUAAUACCAAUUUCUGCACUUGUAAGCUAGUCAGCCCAUAACAUCACACCCUCGGUAUAGUAUUGGACAGAGGCUGACAAUAAACAGGGGCUAUGUAGCUCGUAUAGGCAGUUAUGUAGUCCCUAUUCUAAUACCAGCCUCGAAUAAUGCACCAACUACUAUGAUAUAGAGAUAUGCUUUGUCUUCGAGAGAAAUGUGGUGUUUUCCAUCAAUCCAAUAAUUGUUAUUUUACAUAUUUAAAUUUUUAACAUUUAUAAAGCUAUUUAAUUUACUAUAUCAAAAUUAUCAUCUUUGUUGUAGACAUACAGUAGAAUCCCGCCAAUGUGACCCCCCUCUGAUGCGUCCAUUCCGUUUAUACGACCGUUUUUUGAGAAACCGUAAAACAUUUGAGCAGAGAAAGCCUAAAUUUGAGUAAAAUCGGCUGAAAAACAAGUCUGUUACACUUUGUUGGGCGCUAUGUGUUCAUGUUUAUCUUGGUGAGCGCUGUACUCUAAGCAGGCAGGCAUACAAAAUACGGCUAAAAAUAGAUAUCAUACAAAUUGGCCCGAAUUCUCUGUUGCGACCAUUCCGUUUAUAAGUCCGUUUUUCCGGGAACCGUGAGGGGUCGCAUCAGCGGGAUUCUACUGUAUAUAAAACUUCAAAAGGCUGGUCACACUGUUGAUUUUGUAGAUGUUUAGAGUCUUGUGCAUAUUUAUACUUUUGAGUAUUUUGUUGUUUGGUAACUUGAAAAUUCUAAUUUAAUUUAUUUCAAAAAUAAAAUUAAAAAAAUGGCAGGAAAAGAUGUUGGGUGUGAGUUAUAAACUAAAAUUUCCCUGACAUGAGAGACUAUUGAGAAAAUAACUAUUUUUAUAAGGGAAAAAAUUAAUGAAAUUGCAGCUCUGCAUGUCCGUAUAAUUAAAUGUUUUUGACACAUAGAUACGUGAUGUAUUUUGACAAAAGGAAGACACUAAACAUUUGCCACUAAUACAUUCGUUAUAGGUAUUUGUACACAGGAUGCAGACACUACUAAAUAUUAAAAAUGUUUCUUUUCUUA